AUUUCUAAAAAGUAGGUAUUUCCGGCUACUGCUUUGGAGGUCGACGAUAACAACAAUGGGGAAUAUGUGGUAUACAUAUGUUUCCCAUCCAGAUACUGCGCCGGAUUAUAAAAAUCCACCAACUUUCGAUCCUUUGCUUGGAUUUCCAAAUGGACGCAAAGAGAGGCGUGUACUUGCAACUAGAGAAGAAUUAGACAAAGCAAAUAUUCCACUGAAGAGAAGGGAUUAUUGUGUGGAUUAUUUUUUGGCUUUAACAAAAUGUAAACAGGAGCACUUUCCUCGUCUUAUCUCACACUGCUCAAAGCAAUUGCAUGAAUGGGAGCACUGCGAAUUGAAUGACCAAACUAUGAGAGUAAAGGAAUGGGAGCGGGAAAGACGACUGAAGGAAAGGAAUAAAAGAAUAACACGCAAGCACAGUUUAGAGGAAUUGGCUGAAUAAUUCAAGCUUUUACUUUUUUUUUGUGCCUGCACUUGAGAGACUUGUUAGUUAGUCCAGAUCCAGGGAUUGUUUGUAUUGGAUAAUUAUAUGUGCAUCAAAGAUCUAAGUGUACUAUGGUGAACAAUUGUUACUAUGAAUGCACCAAACAAUGGUGGUUUUUGUUAAAGCAAGAUUACCCUCUAGCUUAUGGAUAGGUUGUGCUUCAAAGGCUCAUAUAAGAAAUAAGCUGAUUAACUCAUUGGUUAAGUGAUUAGUACAGAUAGUGUAAAACAAUUUGCAUUGUAUAUUUAAAAUAAAUAUUGAUUACUUUUUA